GCGAGUCUGAAUGUACAUCUCUCUGGAGGAAAGCUUAGUUUGGGUUCAGAGCAGAUCAUUUUACCUCCAAGAUUGAAAAGACAAGGCAUGUUCCUUUAAGUAGAAGCACACAAGGAGUCCCUGAUAGCUCCUGGAGCUGCUCAGAUGAUGACGACAGGCGUUUAUAUUUGGGCGGGGCUUAUGAGCGACGUGCUGUGUUAAAGGGAGUCAACUGAGCUGUUCCUGGUUACUAACACACACAAAUAGAGAAGGUGAAAGGCUUGCUGGAGAACAGGAGACACCAGCUGGACAUCAGGAAAAUUAAAGUAGAGAGCAAACAGAAGAUGACAAUUGGUAAAAACUCAAGGAAGAACUCAACCCGAAGCUCUGUCCGGGCCCCGAAAUUUCUGGAUAAAUCCAGCGGCUUCUAUGGUCGGCUUGAUGAGCCUGAGACCUCCACAGACGGGGGUUGCUCAAUAGUGGAAAAAAUAGAGAUUGAAAUAAAGGAUGGCUGCUCAACCUCUGACGAGGUACGCAACACAUUGACAGAAGAAGAUGUGGAGGUGUUUGCCAUGAUUGAGGACGACGGAGAGACUCUUCUGCGAAGGAAACCCAACCGCCUCAGUAGCCGGUGGAGACGAAGCUCCAGGAGGAAGCAGAAGGGCGAGAAGGUUGAGGAGGGGGAAGCCAAAGACGAGAAGGCCAGCCAAGAUGAAGACAAGAUGAAGGUGGAGAAAGAGGAAGAAACUGUGAAGGAGCCUGACCUGGCACACUUCAAAGUCAGGGAGUUUGCAGAUGACAGGGUUCUGAUCCGAGACAAGAGGGGGAGAGAGAAGAACGAAGAGGAGACAGAGGAGGAAAGGAAAAUGAAGAAGGAACAAGAGGAAGGGAUAAAGAUGGUGAAGAAGACUGCAGUGAAGAAUUAUCGGAAGGCCUUUGACCGAGCGCUUCGCCGCGGCUGGGAGGCCUUCAUCACCAACCUCUACAGCGUCACGCUCACGCCUGUGAAGUCAUCUGAGCCACCGCUUUCACUGAAGAAGAACCUGCAUAACUCUGUGUUGGCUGAGUUUCAGUAGAGCUGCAAAAAAUAAACACAGACUGUUUUUUAUACAAUCUAA